CAUUACAGUGCCAGAUCUAAUUUCAGGUGAUGGUUCAGAUAUCAUCAUUCAGGGUCUAUUGUUCAGAUGAUCCUAUCAUUGUAGUUGUACUGUACAGUGUAGGCCAGUGAUGUCUGAGGGAGAAUGUGGCCAGGGUUUCUACUACGACGGCCUGGUUGAGGAGUGUCAGCACUGCUUUCACAGAUGCACCUCUCCGCCCAGAGUGUGCUCCAAAUACUGCUCAUUGCCAUCAGAAAGCAAAGCCCCAGAGAGCCUAAACGUGCGGUUAAUUCUGGUGUGGCUCUUCGUGUUCAUGUUGGUCUUCUGCACUCUCAUUCUCCUCCUGCAAAUGCUGAGGAAGAAGUCAUGCAGGCUGUUUCAUAAAAACAAAGUAUCUAAACCAGGGGGAGCUCAUCAGUGUUCAGAUGUGGACAGCCGCCCUGAUAGCGCUGGGCAGAGAAAGGACGUGGAUGGAAACACUGUGAGGAAUUGGACGGGAGUAGAAGUCGACAGCCAGACCCAGUGCAACUCUAGCCUGCCUGUCCCAUCCACGGAGGAGGGCGUUACCAUACUGGUCACUACCAAGACUGUGCAGAACUUUGAUGAUUAUAGCAGCUACUCAGAGCAUGGCACAGAUGAGGAGGAGACUGGAUGGUGGUGGAGGGCUGGCGUUGUGUAGCUGGAGAUAAUGCACGUGUGGUAUGUGCAUAUGAAAUGUUAACUGUGCGGGUGCAACCC